AGCCACAGCCUCAAGAUGCGGGAUCCUAUCAGCACCUGCUCUUAUAACCAACUGUAUCAAAAUGUGAAGCGAUUCUCUAAAUCCGGGGAGAAUUUCUGCAAAGAGCUCAUGGCAGUUUUUCAGCAAAGAGCUGAGCUUGAGCUUACGUACGCUAAAGGACUGCAAAAACUCGCCAGCAAACUCAUCCGGGCCUCCAAAGGAAUGUCAGACAAUUCCACCUACAGCGCCUGGUGUCAUGUGUCAGAUGAGAUGUACUCGAGAGCAGACGCCCACAGAUCAUUAGGAAAUGCUUUUCAACAAGAGGCAAUCCUGGAAAUACGACAAGUCUUAGACGAGCAUAAUAAGAGGAAAAAGCCUCUCGACAGUGCCAUUGACAGAACUGGAAAACUAGUCACUGCUAACUGGAGUGAUCAACUCAAGAUAAAGAAGAAAUUAGUCGGACUAACGAGAGAACACGAGGCUCUGUUCAACUUUGUUGACAACAACGCUCACAUGUGCACACAAAAGGAAAAACAAAAGAUGCUCAACAGGAUGACUAAGUCUGCAGAGGUGCAGUCACGCGUGGAUGACGAAUACUUUCAUAUUAACAUGGAUGGUCAUCAGAUGAGACUCAAAUGGGAAAACACACUGAAAAACUGCUACCAGAUCAUACAGGAGCUGGAGAAACAGCGAAUUGAAGUCCUGUGCAACAUUUUGAACAGAUACAACCUCCACAUGUCCGGUUUCGGCCAGACCCUCAAACACGGCCAAAGACAGAUAGAACAGCUGGUCCAAAAGGUGGACAUGGAUAAAGACAUACAGAUGCUGGUGGAGGAAAACAGAAUCACAGCCGACGACAACACAGCAGAGUUUUUAAUGGCUGAUUAUUUCGAGGAGGACAGCAAAUCGUUGAUGGGCAGAGAGCGACGAAGAGAGGCCAUCAAAGUCAAACUCCAGCGUCUGGAGGACGGCAUUACGAGGACAAAGAAAGACUGUGAAGGAAUUGAAAAGCUAAUGAAAACGUACUCGGAGAAUCCCUCGUUCUCAAACCAGAAGAACCUUGAGGAGACUGAGCAGCAGCUGGAUGAGUGUUCUCUAAAACUGGAUCUGCUCGAGGCCACUCACUACAAACUCUCUGUGUCACUCUCGGAACUGGAGGGAAAACCCAAGUCCUUUCACCGAUUCAGUGACAGCAUCGUGAAAUGGAAAGAUAAGGACUGCGAGCACAGUGUGGUUCAGCUGACGCGUCAAGUCAAGCUCAGGAGGACGCCAUUCAGAUCCCGACAGUCACUGAGAGCAUCCAUCAUUUACAAAGGGCCGGCUCAGUUUGUGAAACAACCGUCUGUGGAGCCGUCACCGGGCUCCAGUGACCAGGUCACCUCCACGUCUUCAACACAUGGAAGUGAGGCUGCGGAGUGUGCCAGCACAGAUAACAGAGAACCCGCUCACACAGGCGAGGACAAACAAGAGGGUCAAACAACGGCAGCGUUCUGCAGUGUAGGAAAAUGCAAGGCUCUGUACAACUUCCAAUCUGAACAGGCAGAUGAACUGACUUUGACAGAAGGAGAUCUUCUGGACAUUUACACCAGAGAGGACAAUGGUUGGUGGUUUGGUCAACUAAAUGGAGAGACGGGACAUUUCCCAUCAACCUAUGUGGAGGAGCUGCCUGUGUUAGACAGCGUCCAAUCAUCUGAUGCCUGAAUAUAUAAAAAACUAAAAAGGAACCAUGAAU